AUGCAGUUAAGCCGGCAUCCGAAUCUUGUUCUGGCAACUAUGCUUGUUGCUUUGAUAACAUUGAGUACGGAGACAAGUGAGGAUUUCGUUUCUAGGCAGAAACGAUUUCUUCUCUUUCCUCGCGCAAACCCGGGCCGUUUGCAGUUUAUCGGCGGGUUCGGUAUACCGGUCGACUUGCAGCUGGAGUCCAUUACGGUGGGAUAUGUGUUCAAAUCCGUUUAUCUUCUGCCAUGGAAUUCGUCCCAUUGGAUUCACCCAUUUUUGGACCGUCACGAGCUGGAAACACAGCGUGCGGAUGGGGUGCGCCGUCGACGGGAUACGUGGCAGACCCCAUUGCGAAUGGCCGACGAGAAGUACGAGCAUUAUAACGACGAACAGGAACAGGAAUCGGGUAAUGCAUUGCUGCCAGGACACUACACAAAAGAUUCCCGUUGGACGUUCUACCACAUUUUAGAGCAGUUAUUCAAUCAGAAAGGAUUGAACGGUCGUAGCUGCGUACUUCGGACGAUUUGCGAGUCUUCCGAUGCCGGGUUUACUCACUCGAGCGGUUUGGUAGGGGAAUUACUGCACAUAGCAUUUACACCGUCCACUACGGAGGACACUGUUCGGGAGUCCCACCACGAAUCGUACAGACAAGCGGAAAAGAUCCCCCGGCAGGUUAGUGUCCGAGCUGGCGGUUCGGUGUGUGCGGAGAUGUAUGCUGAAUGUACCGUCUCUCUGUUAGAUUCCUUUUCUAACGUUUUCAAUGGUAUUUUUGGUGGUAUGUGA